CCUCAAGUCACCGGCCUCUCCUGAAGCACCCAGCCCAGCCGCUGCGGCGGUUUCCUCGGCAACCGAAGAGCAACAACACACCGGAGAGUUCCGUCACUGGAUACUUUCGACCAUAAUGUACACACACGAGGACUGCAUCAGGUGUUUUGUGUGUGUAAACUGUCGGGUUUUAACCAAAACUACUUCAAGUUUCACCUGUAUACGUGGUGCUGAGACACCGGAGAAGAACCACAACUAGCAUUUACUUUGAACUCAGCGGGAUGAGCGAGGUUUUUGUCCGGGUGGCGGUCCGCAUCCGCCCGCUGCUCCCUAAAGAGAAGCUCCACAAACACCAGGAGUGUGUGCAGUUGGUGCCGGGCUCCUCACAGGUGAUGUUCGGCUCAGACAGACUCUUCUCCUUCGACCACGGGUUUGGACCAACGGUUGGCCAGGAUGAAGUGUACACGUCCUGCGUCCAGCCGUUAGUGCAGUACCUUGUCACUGGCUACAAUGCCACCAUUUUCUGCUAUGGACAAACCGGUUCAGGGAAAACAUACACACUGGAAGGAGGGAGUGUUGACGAAGACGGAGGAAUUAUUGACCGCGUGGCCCAGGAUUUGUUCUUGUCAUUGGAGGAGAAGAAAAAGAACAAGAGCAGCGAUGGUUUGGAGGCCACAGUGUCGGUGUCAUGUAUGGAGCUGUACAGAGAGGAGCUGCGUGACCUGCUGGAGCAGCCAAACGUUCACAAAGUCUUUCAUAUCAGAGAGGACGAUAAGGGCAACACAGUGGUGAUGGGAGCACGGGAAAUGGUCGUAACGUCAGCAGAAGAGCUUCUCGGCGUUCUACAGACAGGCAGAGCUCUGCGCCACAUCGCCAGCACGGGGAUGAACGAGCGCUCCAGCCGCUCUCACACUAUCAUCACUCUCAAGGUCGCCCAGUGUUGCCACAAUGACAACUCCCCCUUAAAGUCUGUCCGCACCUCCAAACUCUGCCUGGUCGACCUGGCGGGCUCGGAGCGUGCCGGAAAAACUGGCAACACUGGAGUGAGGUUCCAAGAGUCUGUGCGGAUCAACACUGGCCUGCUUGCACUCAGUAAAGUGAUCAGUGCCCUAUCUGAGCAGGGUCGCACAGGGCAGAGCCAACAUAUCCCGUACCGUGAUGCCAAGAUCACCCGGCUCCUCCGCGAUGCACUGGGAGGCACUGCACAUACGCUGAUGGUGGUCUGUGUCAGCCCCUCUCACCACAGCGCCGACGAGACUCUGGGUGCUCUGCAGUUCGCGACCAAGGCCCGUCACAUUCGCAACAGUCCCAGGGCAACGUGCACGGAGGUCAAAUCGUGUAGCGUUGCUCGGUUAGCAGAGCUCGAGUUUGAAGUACAGACACUGAGAGAGCUACUGAAAGAGAAAGAGAUGGAGAUGCAAAAGGAGAGGGCAGGUGGAAGAGGACUAGAGGAGGAGAGCUUGAGACUCUACAAAGUCUUAUCACAGGAAGCUGCAGCGCUGCUCGCAGAUGUUUCACCUUCUCUGAGUGAUUCUCUCAGGCAGCGGCUGCAGGAAUGGCAGGAGAAACUGGCCGUUGUCAAUAACACUCAACAAAUCGAUAACAAGGAUGAUUCACAGAGGGAUGGAGACCAGCCUGACCAUGUUACAGUAUUAAAGCUGAGAGAAGAGCUCAAUAAAUGCCAGGAAGUGCUUAACCAACAGGAGCAGCUUCUGGAGCAGAAAGAUGCAGAACUGAGACAGCGACGAAAAGAUGCUGAGAAACACCUUCAAGAGAGCAAAUUCAACCUUGAAGCCUUAGAGCAGGAAAAGAAGCGUAAUCGUCUACAGACUGAACAACUGGUGGAGCAGCAGCUUCUGAAUGAUCGUCUGCGCAAAGACAUCAUGACUUCACAGAGUGCAGCAGCUGGGGCCACGGUGGAAGCAGAAGAUUCUGAGAAGUCAAGAAAAAGGCCCCACAGUGUCCCUCUGAUCAGAGACAUCAGUGGAGACCAGCAGCCCAGGAAGAUUCACACCAGUCCCCCUACAUAUUCCCUUGAGAGAGUGAUGGCAGCCUUUAAGGUGCAGAGGAAGCGCCUUCUGGCUGAGCUCGAUGAGAAGGAUGAGGUGAUCCGUCCAUUCGUAAGACAACAAGCAGAGAGCAAACCCGGGGUUCAAGGGAACAGCGAGGAAGAUGGAGACCUCGUGAAAAACAUGGCAUUUAACCGUUCUUUAACCCGAACAUGGACUGUCUCACAGAAGAACAGGAAUCCAUCAGUGCAAUCUCUGGGACUAACAGGGACUGAGGGGAACCUUGCCAGACUUCGGCCCAGUGUCACUCAGAGAAUAAUCCAAGAUCUGUCAGUAAACAUUCAUAUGAAGGAGGAGCUCAUCACAGAGCUGGACAAAACUGACAAGACGUUCCAGGCGGUGGACAGACACGGUAGGACCAGUGGAGAUGACGGAGACCCUGGGUUAUUGGGAGAACUUUUCGUGCAGAACCGGAAGAUUCGGAAAGAUCAGUAUCGAAGCCUUCAACACAUGAGGCAGGAGAGAGACCAGCUUCAGUUCAGCCUCAGUCUGCGGAGACAGAAAACUGACCUCAAAGAUCUUAGCCAGAGUGAGGUGCAUGAGAGCAGUUGGUUGGAGCAGCAGGAGGAGCAGGUGCUGCAGAGGAGAGCAGAGCUGCUGGAUCUGCAGGAAGAGAUGAGGAGCAGAGAGGAGGUGGUGCUGCGCAGAGAGGCCUGUCUGCAGGAGAAAAACAAACUGCAGGUCAAGAUAUUACGAUCCAGUCAGGCUCUGAGUCAGAACCUGCUGCGAGUGUCAAUGCAGUUGAAGUCUGUGGAGGAGCAUCUGCAGAGCAGCACCAAUGGAGGAGUCACCACAGAGGAACUGGAGAAAGAGAGAGACAUGCUUAAAAAGAGGAAAGACACUCUGGAUGCGCAGCUGAAGGGAAACAGAGUACUUACAGCUGAGGAGGAAUAUCACCUGCUCCAGCUGGACGAAGCUGUUGAGGCUCUCGAUGGAGCCCUGGAGUUUAAAAACCAGUUUAUCGAGGACAAACAGAACAAGCUGUUGGUCACUGAACCUUCUCGUGUCUGUGAUGUCAUCAGGAAGCUAAAGGAGCUCUCGCCACCAGAGGCUUCAGAGCUACUUGUCAAAUAUUUCAACAAGGUUGUUUGUCUUCGUGAGAAAGAGCACCAUUCACGUUUGCAUAGUGAAGAGCUGGAGCUUCGAGUUGGAGAGCUAGAGGCAGCGUUGGGGGACAUGGAGGCCACCAUGCAGCACCUGGCCCUGGAGGCUGACCGCAGGUUCAUAAACCAGUGCAAGGAUUACCAGAGAAACAUUGAGCUAGUGUCGCUAAAACUUCAAGAAGAGAGUUCAGGGCAGCAACAGGAGGCCAUCCCAGAAAGACUGCAGCAUCUGGAGAAAGAACUGUUUUUCUACAAAAGCUACAGCCGGCAGCUCAAACAAAAGCUCAAAGCACUUGGCAGUGGCGCCCAGCAGCCUGAUAAUCAGCUCUCACAUGAACAGGAGCACAGACAAACACACAGUAGGCAGAAACAGACAAACACAAACAUAAACGCUGAAAAGGUACAAACACAGAAACAUGUUGCAACAACACACACAAAGAUAUAUACUAAGCAAACAGACCACAUGAUACAGAAUGAUUCCCCUGUCAAGAGAUGUGUACAACAAACCUCAUGUCCCUCCUUAUCCUCUGACCUUCAAGCACACAACAACACCAACAUGUCAGAGUACAACCUGAUUCAAACAUGCACACAGUCCCAGGGUGGGAAUGCAAGAAUGACUGGUGAAUGUGGACAAAGUUUAGCGAUGACACCAGUCCGUUUGUGCCGCAGACAACUGAGACAGAUCUCUGCAACUGACCUGCAGGUCUCUGGUUUUUCCACAGGGAGGCACAAGUCUGAUGUGGACAAAAGUACAGAGUCAAUAUUAGAGGACUCCCUAGAGCUGCAGAGAAAACCAGACAAUCCUACAUUCUGAUUAUUUUCAUUUUGCACAAUGUGAUCCUUUUCAAUUUCAACCAGUUUCAUCCACUUAGCUGAUCCCUCUCCUUUUACAUAGACUAUUAGUUGAAAAGCUACUGUAUCUUAGAGAAAACAUGGUAAUGUUUGCCAGUCAACUGUAGAGCUCUUCCAUGUGAGUGGGGAAAGGUUCAACACCUUAAUGUGUGACAAUGUUUAGCACUUAAAGCGGCCGGUAGAUUUUCUGUGUGCUGUGUUUCUAUGCACUUUUUUUUUUUACACUGUGUGCACUACGUUCAGUUAGCUAAACUGUGUGUUGAUUGAUGUUUAAAUUAUUUUACAAAG